AUGCCAACAAACGAUUGUAUUGAAAAGCCGUUGGCUAUCUUUUUCCAUAAUUAUGGAGUUUUGGUUGCUAAAUAUCCAUAUCCAUUUAUACUUAUUCCUAUUAUUAUUACUUCUAUUAUGAGUAUUGGAAUAUUUCAUUUAAAUACUAUCUCUGAUGCUAUCUACCUCUUUACACCAUCUGAUGCUCCAAGUAAAAUGGAAAGACAAGUUAUUCAUAAUUUAUGGCCAUUGACAAAUGAUAAUUAUGUUCCAGGGAGAGCUGUAACUCAAAGUAGAGAAAUACAGAUAAUUAUAACUACAAAAGAUAAUGGAAAUAUUUUAGAACCUCAUUAUGCUGAAGCAAUAUGGCGUCUUGACAUGUAUAUUCAAAAUCGAGUCAAGGUAAAUAUUAACAAUGAAACAUAUAAAUAUGAUGAUUUAUGUUUGAUGUAUAAAAAACAAGGAUGUCCAGGAAAUAAACAUAUUCAUUUAAUAUCUUCACUUUAUAAUCAUGGAAUAAAUAUAACAUAUCCAACAGUAAGAUUAGGUGAUAAAUCAGGAUAUAUUGGUGGAGCAUUAGGUGAUGUUAGAUUAACUAAUGGUCCUAAUAAUACAAAAAUUGUUGUAUCAGCUAAAGCUUGGAUGAUGUUAUUUCAUUUAAAAUUUUACCCUACAAAUGUUUCAUAUAUAUCUGGUUUAUGGGAAAAAGAAUUGGAGUAUGAAUUAUUUAAUUAUCCUGAUGAUCCUUAUAUUGAAUUUACCUUUUUUCAUUCACAAACAUUAGCUGAAGAAUUAAAAAGAAAUGCAAAUUCUUUAGUUCCUAGAUUUAUUUUAUCAUUCACUUUUUGUGUAAUAUUUUCAAUGAUAUCAUCUUUUACAUUUAUUAAAGGAACUUUUUUAAUUGAUUGGGUACAAUCAAAACCAAUUGUAGCAAUUUUAGGAGUAGCUAAUGCUGGUUUAGGUAUAGCAACAGCAAUAGGUGGAUUAAAUCUUGGUGGUAUGUAUUAUUCAGAUAUUGUUGGUGUUAUGCCAUUUCUUAUUGUUGCUGUAGGUGUUGAUAAUAUGUUUCUAAUGUUAGCUGCAAUUAAAAGAACUCCAAGAACACAGGCAACAGAAGAAAGAAUGGGUGAAUGUUUAUCAGAGGCAGCUGUAUCAAUGUUAAUAACAUCAUUUACAGAUUCAUUAUCAUUUGGUGUUGGUGCAUUAACAACAAUACCAUCAGUUAAUAUUUUUUGUAUUUAUACUUGUGUAGCAAUUUCAAUGACAUUUAUUUAUGAAAUAACAUUUUUUGCUGGAAUUUUAGCAUUAUCAAUUGAAUUAGAAAAAAAAAAUAGGCAUUCUGUUAUUUUAUGUAAAACAACUGUAUAUGAUAAUAAAAAAAAAUAUGGUAUUAUGACAAAAUUAUUUAUGUUAGGUUCAGAUAAUUGUCAUACUGAUAUUGAUCCAUCAUUAAAAUUUAUAACAACACAUGGUGAUAUAAUAGAAGAUAGUUUACCGGCACAUUUUUUUAGAAAAUAUUUUGGUCCUAUUCUUAUGACAACACCAGUUAAAAUUAUGGUUAUAGUAUGGUAUUGUAUUUAUUUAGUAUUUGCUGGUUAUGGAUGUAGUAAUUUAAAAGAAGGUCUUGAACCAGUUAAUUUAUUAGUUAGAGAUUCUUAUGCUAUACCACAUUAUAGAAAUUUAGAAAAAUAUUUUUGGCAUUAUGGUAGUACUGUACAGGUUGUUGUUAAUAAUCCUCCUGAUUUAAGAAAUAGUACAGAAAGAAAAAAUAUUAAAAUGAUGGUUCAUGAUUUUGCUAAUACUAAACAUACUAUUGGUGAUGAUUCAAUACAAUUUUGGUUAAAUGAAAUGGAAAAAUAUUAUUCCUCAGAAGCUGAUACUACUAUAAAAGAUGAAUAUUAUUAUAGUUUUGUUCAACAUUAUAUGGCUGCUAAAUCUAAUGAAUAUUGGCCUGAAGAUGUUAAAUGGGUUAAAGAUAGUAAUGGUACAUGGAAAAUUGGAGCAUUUCGUUUUAUUGUAGGUUUAAGAAAUAUUGUUUCAUCAGUUGAACAAACAGAUGCUACAAUAACAUUAAGAGAAGUAGCAUCAAGAUAUACAAAAUAUAAUGUAACAACAUUUAUGCCAAUAUGGUUAUUUACAGAUCAAUAUUCUUUAGUUAUUCCUAAUACUGUUCAAAAUACAGUUAUAGCAAUGAUAAUGAUGUUUUUUAUAGCAUUAUUUUUGAUACCACAACCAAUAUGUGCUGUUUGGGUAACAGUAGCAAUAGCUUCAAUGGAUUUUGGAACAAUUGGUUUUAUGACAUUAUGGGGAGUUAAUUUAGAUGCUAUAUCAAUGAUAACAAUAAUUAUGUCAAUAGGAUUUUCUGUUGACUAUUCAGCUCAUAUAACAUAUGGUUAUGUUGUGUCAAAAGAAAAAACAUCUCAAGAAAAAAUUAUUGAUGCAUUAGCAGCUCUUGGUUGGCCAUUAAUUCAAGGUGGAUCUUCAACAAUUUUGGCUAUUUGUGUUUUGGCAGAUGUUCCAGCAUACAUGAUUGUAACAUUUUUUAAAACAGUUUUUCUAGCAAUAUCAGUUGGUUUAUUACAUGGAUUAAUAUUUUUACCAGUAUUUUUAUCAUUAUUUGUUCAUGGAUGUUGUAUAAUCGGGGAUAAUGAUGAUGAUGAUAAUAAUAAUCAAAAAGUGUGUUUAGAAAUGUCAACAUCAUCAUUAGAUAAAAGUUUUAAAUAUUCUAAUAAUAUUAAUAAUAUAAAAAAUAGUACUUUUAAAUCAAAAAAUAAGGAAAAGAUUAUUUAUGAAAAUUACAAAAGUGGAAAUUAUAAUAAUUCUUUUCAACUUGAAAGAUACUAA